AUGCGAGGGCUACCGGCUAGAGGACGGAGCCGGCCAAAGAACUUAGUCCGCCAUCGCCAAAAACAUCCAGUGCGCUUGGCAAGACUUAACGAGACUCGCUGGAAAGGCUCCAAGUCAAGGAAAUUAGGCGGUGGAUGCAAGCUCAUCUACCAUGGCACAUCAAAUCGCAAUGGCGUUGGUAUCAUAUUGAACGAGUCGUUUAGAAACAGCGUCACAGCAGUUGAUCGACUAUCGGAUCGCCUGAUGGCUGUAAAAUUAGAAACAGGAGAAGUGGAAUUACGAGUCGUCUCUGCUUAUGCGCCACAAGUGGGCUCUAGUAAAAAAGAGAAGGCGUGUUUUUGGGAAGAUCUGGAGCAGUACGUCCAAUCCCUGGAGGGCGAAGAAGUACUUCUAAUCGGAGGAGACUUCAACGGACAUGUCAGUUCUCGGAAAGACAGCGUUAUGCGCUUGACUGCGGAGAGCACUCUGGGAAAGACGACUCUAGGUAAGACCAAUACACAGAAGGGGUUUUGGAACGAGGAUGUUCAGGCGGCAAUUUGUGAGAAGAAGUCCAAGUAUAAGCUCUGGUGGAGGACACGUCAGUCUGAAGAUCGAGGUGCUUACUUAGCGACGAAGAGUGAGGCUAAGAAGGCAGUAUCCAAGGCGAAGUCGGACCGCUACAAGGCUGUUCAGAGCGCGUCAUCGCUCAACGUUGGACAUGGAGCACACCAAGCUGGUGUGCUGGGAGCUGGUGGAGCCGUUCUGCAUCGCUUUCAUCAGAUCCUGGAGAGAUGGCGAGAAUACUACAAUCGCUUGUGUAACGAAGAGUUCUGUUAUCCUCCCAUCCGAAUUCCCAGCGUCGAGGGUCCUGUUCUACCAAUUACGGCCGUCGAAGUCAGUGAUGGCCACGCAAAAAUGAAGUGGAACAAGGAAACCGGUCCUAUUGACAUAACUACUGAAGUCUGGAAGCUGCUAGGAGAUCAAGGGUCCGUGUGGCUCGCAACUCUAUCUAACAAGAUCGUUGCAGAAGGACGGACUCCGGACGUUUGGCAAACUUCCGUGACCGUGCCUGUCUGGAAAGAGAAAGGAGACAUUGCUGACUGCACUUCGUACAGGCCUAUACGACUGCUGUGCCAUACAAUGAAAGUUUUUGAGCGUGUCCUGGAAGCUCGUCUGAGGAAAAUUGUCAGCGUUUUGGAUAUUGCUACUUCAUGGGCCAGAUUUUGA